AUGACGCUCGCUCCGAACCGCACGUACCGCAAGAACCCCCUCAACGGGCUUAACUACUACACGGGCGGCUGGAACCCCAGCAGCAAGGACUACUGGGCGGUACGUGUGUCGCGAAAGAAUGACGAGAUCUGUAACUUCUGUAACCCACAUAGCUCACAGAACCGCACGCACCGCAAAGACCCCCUCGACGGGCUUAAAUUCUACACGGGCGGGGCGGGAACCCCAGCAGCAAGGACUACUGGGCGGUACGUGUUUCGCGAAAGAAUGAGUAACCCACUCCGUCAUGUGAUCGGUGUCCGUUAUGUGGUCCGUGGUUUAUGCACCGCUGCUGGGAUUGCUCUGGGUCAUCCUGGGCCUCGGGAUUCUCGGAUUCUUCCCCCUCACCCCGCUCUCCGGCUUUACCUCUUCCCACCCCUCGCCACCCCUCGCCACCCUCCCCUCUCCCCAGUCCGUCAUGUGGUCCGUGGUUCCGUCAUGUGGUCAGUGGUGUACGCGCCGCUGCUAGGCCUCCUCUGGCUCAUUCUGGGCCUCGGGAUUCUCGGAUUCUCACUGCUCACCUGCCUGUGCUGUCGCGACAAGUGGAGCCAGAUGAGGGACCCCGCAUACGCCAAGUACACCAAGAAGGACCUCUGGGUGCCGCUGGGGUUCAUGCUCCUCGGGAUUGUCACCGUGCUGGUCGGUUUCUCUGUGAUGCUUGCGGGGGGGGUGCAGCUGAGGAAUCGAGUGAACACGGUGACGGACUAUAUCACAGAGACUGUUGAUUUCACCACCGCUGUGAUCUUCAACAUGACCAGCAUCGUGCAGCUCACCUCCACCAUCAACAUCACCAACACUGUUGUGCCACCGGACAAGAAGGCAGACAUUCAGAGCAAGGCGGUAGUGGCAAACCAGACAGCCACUGAUCUACAGGCCAAGACAGAGAACGGCAUCACCAUCAUUAACAACGCACUGCGCGUAGUCACUCUCACCUUCUCCAUCAUCGGUUGUGUCAUCACUGCUCUCUGCAUCCUCGCCCUCAUUUUUUCGCUUCUCAAAUGGGCUGUCGUAUCAAAUGUCACCGUCACUAUAAUAUGGGUGGUGGUGUUCUUUACUUGGUGCACCACAGCCGGUUUGAUAAUCGCAUAUUUGGUGAACGGCGAUACAAGUGUGGCGUUAGAGCAGGUGGAGCAAGACCCCACCGUCAACAGCGCCAUGGACACUUACCUCCACUGCAUUCCCAGCGACCAGCUGCUGAACGCGACUCGUUACGCGCGCUACACUGCUUCCACCGCGCUCACCACUGCCAACACGUCUGUUGCUACCAACGCACCUCAAGCCUUUGACCUGGUCAAUGCCACGGGCGGCAUCUGUGUGCCGUACGGCCCGCCGCCCGAUUACACGCGCAACAUGAGCUACUGUGGUGCCAACACCGUCACCUUCCAGCAGCUGGUGGACGAGCUAGCAGCAGCAGCCAACAGCAGCACGGCGGUGCCGGUGGCGGAGCUAGCAGCAGCAGCCAACAGCAGCACGGCGGUGCCGGUGGCGGUUCAGAACAACCUCACGGCUGCUGCUCGGCCCCCUUUGCGCAAGCAUUCCCCCCUUUCGUUGAUCCCCCCCGUCCCCGUGCCCCCCUUGCAUGCUCUUCCCUUCCUUCUCACCUUCCCUCCUCCCCAGGAGCUAGCAGCAGCAGCCAACAGCAGCACAGCGGUGCCGGUGGCGGUGCAGAACGACCUCACGGCUGCUCUCCCCCUUAGUGCAAUCCCCCCCUCCCUUGGUUGCUCCCUCGAGCUAGCAGCAGCAGCCAACAGCAGCACGGCGGUGCCGGUGGCGGUUCAGAACGAUCUCACCGCUGCUGCCAAAACGCUCUCCCUGCUCGAAUCCACCAUCCCCAACGUGCUCAUCCUGUGCGGUGCAGUGCUGUGCGGUUCUGACUCUUGGGGCUUCUAUGGAAAAGAAUCCACCAUCCCCAACGUGCUCCUCCUAGUCAACUGCUCCUAUGUCGCCAACAUUGCCACGGCGAGAGGGAGGGAGGAUGUUUUACCAAGUCGACUCAAAACACACCUGCUCCUAUGUCGCCGAUAUCGCCAAGGUAAGGCCUCUCCCAUGCUCCCGUGCUCUCCUCUGGGAGGCUGCAAUGGGUUGUUAUUGUGUGCCCGUGCUCCCGUGCUCCCCUCUGUGUGUCCUUCCCCUCCUCUCGACCUUCUCCCUCCUCUCCCUCUUCUUCCUCCGGCCUUCUCUCCCUCCUCUCCCUCAUCUCCCUCCUCUCCCUUGUCUCCUCGUCUUCCUGUCAAAGCCCCCACAGUUUGUAUUGACGAGGCACAGGAGAUGGUGGUGGAUUUCCACAUGCUCUGGUUUGCAUUGAACGAGGCACAGGAGAUGGUGGUGGAUCUCCACAGGCUCUGGGUCGGCUUCCUGGUCCUCCUUGUCACAUUCCGGUUCGCUUCUCCCCUCAUCUCCCUCCUCUCCCUCUCUUUCCAGUUUGCAUUGGACGAGGCGCAGGCGAUGGUCACGGAUUUCCAGAUGCUCUGGAUCGGCUUCCUGGUCAUCACCAUCGCCUGUAUGAUGCAGGCCCUCUCCAUGCCCAUCUACGUCUUCCGAGCCGUCAGGCUCGGCGACAAGCUCGGCGACACCGAAACUGAGGGGUUGUACAAGGCUGCAGCUGUUCCAGUAGCAUACCCAGCAGAGGGGGAGGGCUAUGACGGGCAGACACAAGGGAACGAGCCUAGCUUUGCAGAAGGCACGAGCAACUCAUAUGAGUGGGACGCGGAGAUGUAUGCGCUCGUGACGAGCUACAGGUUUCAUUUUCUCCUGUUUUUCAUUGCUAAUGUGCUUGAGCAGCUCAACAUCUUGAACAGGGCCUUCCAGCACAAAGAGCUUGACUAUGCAAGCGUGCAUGCGCAGAUCAAGCGCACAACGUCCCAUAUCGAGAGCCGCUACAUCGAUUGCGGCGACGACUUCGGUGGCGGCGUCAGCGAGCUGUUGUCCCCCUUCAUCACGCGCCCCGGUCCAGGAGGAGACAAGGAAGUUACUGUCAAGGGUGUUGACUUGGACGGCCGCCCUGCACGCUUCACCUUCAGGCUGCAUGAGGACGAGCAGGAGGAGUUUGAUGGGCCCGGGACCCACGAUGGCUUCAUUGAGGUCUGCACCGAGUUCGCCGAGGUGAUCGUGCACCAACUGCUUCAUCGGCUUGGCGAUCUGGAGGGGAUGUCUGGGGCAAAGCUAUUCACCCCCGACGAGUACCCGCUGGAUCGAGGAGAGAGGAACCGCAGGUGCAUGGAGUGGCUGGAGUCGCUUGUGACCCUAUUCAAGGCCGACCUGACCGAGGAGAUCCUGCCCGGUAAGCCCAUGAGCUACAAGAAGCGCAAGCCCCACAGCAAUGCUCCUCUCCCGCCUGCAGGAAAGCAACAGAGCAAGAAGGGCACGGAGGUUGAUGAAGUGAUGGAAGUGGUAGACCUAGACGAUGAGAAUGAUGCACUAGACAGUGAUGAGGAUGAUGGUUUUGAUGAGUAG